AUGAACCCGCCAGACCGACACCGAGAACCUGUUACGCCAUCCGAUACCGCAACGCGUCCUCCGGAGGGCUUGGCCUUGCCGUCAGAUAUCAGCGCCAUCGGCGAGCAGAUCCGCGAAUCCCUGGGCCAGGAUCGGGUCGGUGUCGCGCUGACUUUGCUCCGCGAGAUGUUGGCGGCCGACCAGGGGGUCUUCCUGGCGCGGGUGCGGCGCGCCGAGCAGCGUUCGCUGGUUGCCCUGCUGCCGACAAACGAAUUGUCUGACAUCCUGGACGAGACGCCCACGGACGCGGCCGUCGCCAUUGUCAGAGAGUUGCCGGCGAAACGGGCCGCCGAACUCCUGGAUGAUGUCGAUUCCCAUACCGUCGCCGACAUUCUGCUGGAGUUGCCCGAAUCAGGAGCGGCAGCAAUAGUCGCGGGACUGCACCGGCCGCAGGAUGUGGUUCCGCUGCUGCAGUACCCUCCCGAUACCGCCGGCGGGAUGAUGACGCUCGACUUCCCUCGUGUCCGGCAGUACAUCACGGCCGGCAACUCCCUGGACGCCCUGCGGUUGUUCGGCGAGGACGCCGAGGGUUUCGGGUGGGUGUGCGUUCUCGAUGACGAGCGGCGCCUCGUCGGUGCGGUUAGCAUCACCCAGCUGGCCCUUUCCAGUCCCGCCAGGCUGGCGGGCGAACUGGCUGACCGUCACGGACAUCGCCUGGUGUCCGUGUCGCCGGACACCGAUCGGGAAGAUGCCCACGGCCUGAUGUCCCGGUAUUCGAUGGGCAUAAUCCCGGUCGUUGACGAGAGCCGCCGGGUGCUGGGCGUUAUCCGGGCUGAGGAGGCGAUGCAGAUCGGAGAAGAAGAGGCUGAGGAGGACAUGCUGCGCAUCGCGUCGGCCCCGGGUGAGAGGGUAUUCGGUCCGUUGCAUUUGUCGAACCCUGCUGCCUAA